ACCGCCGUAAGGCCAGCGUCCGCCGCAGGAGAACUCCGCGCGCGCCUCCUCUCCAUAACAGCGGAGGCGUCCCGGGGGGGCCGUCCUGCCAGCCCGGACGGGAUGCCCACAGCCAUGCUCCCCUACGCCUGCGUCCUGGUGCUUUUGGGAGCCCGCACCACAGAGGCGACUGGGACCGCCAGGGGUGGCCGUCUACACUGGGAACCCCGCUGCCAACAGCCCGCGCCCAGCAGAGCCCCCGUCACUGUGCUGCUGCCCCCACGCCUCGACGGGCCCUGGGUCUCUACCGGCUGUGAGGUGCGCCCAGGACCUGAGUUCCUCACCCGCUCCUACACCUUCUACCCUAACCGCCUCUUCCGAGCCUACCAGUUCUACUACAGAGACCCUUUCUGCCGGGAGCCUGCCCACUCCCUGCUCAUCAAGGGCAAAGUCCGCCUGCGUCGGGCCUCCUGGGUCACGAGAGGGGCCACUGAGGCCGAUUACCACCUGCACAAGGUGGGCAUCGUCUUUCACAGCCGCCAUGGCCUGCUCGAUGUCACCGGGAGUCUCAACCAGACCCGGGUGGGCCAGGACUGUGCCCAGCGGCUGCCCCCAGCCCGGGCCUGGCUGCCCGGGGCCCUGUACGAGCUGCUGAGCGCCCGGGCCAAGCAGGACUGCACAGAAGCCCUGGGCUUCACCAUGCACGAGCUCAGCCUGGUCCGCAUGCUGCGGCACCUGCAGCCGCAGCCUCGGGCUGGGCCCCGGCUGGUGGAGGAGCUCUACCUGGGGGACAUCCACACCGACCGAGGGGAGAGGUGGCACUACCGGCCGACAGGCUACCAGCGCCCGCUGCAGAGUGCCCUGCACCACGCCCACCCCUGCCCCGUGUGCAGCCUCAUCGCGCGCUCUGACGAGCACCACCCGCCCGUGCUGCCCCCCCAGGCGGCCCUGCCCCUGCGCCUGGGGGGCCGGUGGGUCAGCCCCGGGUGCGAGGUGCGCCCCGCCGUGCUCUUCCUCACCAGGCUCUUCACGUUCCACGGGCACAACCGCUCCUGGGAAGGGUAUUACCGCCACUUCUCAGACCCCGCCUGCCGCCAGCCCACCUUCACGGUCUACGCUGCGGGCCACUACACCAGGGGCAGGCCCUCCAGCAAGGUCCUCGGCGGCACCGAACUGGUGUUUCAGGUCACCCGGGCCCGAGUGACUCCCAUGGACCAGGUCACCACGGCCAUGCUCAACUUCUCUGAACCAAGCAGCUGCGGGGGCCCGGGGGCCUGGUCCCUGGGGACCGAGCGGGACGUCACAGCCACCAACGGGUGUCUUCCGCUGGGCAUCAGGCUCCCCCACGUGGAGUACGAGCUUUUCAAGAUGGAGCUAGACCCCCUCGGGCAAAGCCUGCUCUUCAUCGGACAAAGGCCCACGGACGGGUCAAGUCCCGACACCCCAGAGAAGCGCCCCACGUCCUACCAAGCGCCCCUGGUGCUCUGCGACGGGGUGGCCGAGGCGGUGUCCGGACCCCUGCAGCACAGACCUCUGCCGAAGCCCUUCCGUGGUGGGGGGCCAUGUCCUCCAGCGGCCCCUCUCCCAGUCCUGCCCCUGGCUCUAGGGCUGGCCUUCCUCAAGGGGCUCUGAAAUCGGUCUCUGAGCUCUAGACCGCUGCUUGGGACACUAGGUGCUCCGUGGCCUCCCUCCAGGCACAGACUCCUCUUGCGUCGGCGAGAAGGGCCCGCUCUACCCUCCGCUCGACUGCGGAUCCUCCCCGCCUACUGCUGUCCACCAGCCUUGGGCCCCACAGUGCUCAGCCCCCGAGUCCCACGGCACCUGCAAGGUCUGCCCUCGAGAACUGGCCGUGCACCUGGGCGUGGGCGUGGCCAUGGCCAG